AUGAAAGAAAUCCUGGCCAUGGGGGGAUCAAAAGAAGAUUUGGAGCUUUUGAAUGGUAUCGACUCGGAUUCGGGAGAAGAACCUGAGGAAAGCAAUGACAAAAAUACUGAACAAGCUGGCAAGAAGCCUAAGAAAAACAAGCCAUUUGAAUCAUCAAUGGCUGAAGAGCCUGAACUGAAAAACGAAGUGGCCGACUUUAUGAAAUCAUUAUUUGGUUCAGUUCACAUGGAUCACAAAAAGAUGAGCUUGGCUGCUGAACUGGAAGCGGACGAAGAUGAGGGCGAGGACGGGGAAGAAAACGGAAAGAAUGACGAGAGCGAGGCAAGAGGUGAUCCAGAAGAGGAAAAUCAAUCUGACGGAACUUGGGAGACCGAUGAGUCCGAAGAUGUAGAUGAAGGAAAUGAUUCUGGCAGUGAUAGCAUGGAUGACUUACCACAGGAACUCAAAGCUAUUAACAGAAUGCUGGAUGAAAAAAAAAGAAAAUCUGAAAGUACAUCUUCUCCCAGUAUGCUAUCACAACCCCUCAAGAAGGCCAAGGUCAAGGCAAACUCAUUACCAGAGAAGGCUACCAUCCCAGUAUCUUCCGUUACCAAAGAGAAGAAGAACGUGCUUAUAGAUAUUAAAAAGCAGCUUUCAACUAUCUUGGCUAAAUCCGAGGGCAAGAGUGAGAAGAAAUUCAAAGAAACAUCUGCAUCAUCAAAAGUAACGCCUACAACAUCUGCAGCGUCCAAGCAAAAGCUAAAGCCAAAAAAUGCUGCUACAGCAAGUAUAUCAAAAGCUUCGUCAUCCACGAAGGUUACAUGGAAUCUGGGCGACGGAUGGAGCAAGGCAUUUGAGAAUGAACUCGACGAUGAGACCUUCAGUAAAAGCAAAAAUAAGCGCCAGAAAAAGCAUCAAAAGAGACAUAAGCAUUAA